CAACUGCUGAAUCAUCCCCCACCACCACCACCGGUAGCCGCUCCCUCUAAUUCCACCUCCUCGUGCAGCGAGGCCCUCCAUCUUCCGGGCCUGCAUUAGCAAAUUGACCGCACGCUUCAAUUUUCCCAUAUCAGCUGCAGCGGUCUGUGCAGGUCAGUCUCAGAGGAGUCUCGGGGGUGCGGCAGCUGUCGGCUGAACAGCAGCCAUUCGGAUGGGUAACGUACCCACUACGGUGAAGCACUGCUUGAGCUACGAGCAACUGGUCCAGGACUACCCAUGGCUGAGGCGCUGGCUGCAGGAGGAGAAGAACAGCACAACUCAAGAGUAUCCAGAGUUUGUUAAAAUCGUUGAGGUUGGGCCCAGAGAUGGACUUCAGAAUGAAAAGGAAAUAGUCCCAACAGGGAUAAAAAUCCAGCUGAUCGACAUGCUGUCACGAACAGGCCUGACUGUGAUCGAGGCCACCAGCUUUGUGUCUGCAAAGUGGGUACCUCAGAUGGCCGAUCACACCGAUGUGCUCAGGGGAAUCCAGAGAACACCUCAUGUUCAGUACCCUGUGUUGACACCUAACAUGCAGGGUUUCCAGGACGCUGUAGCAGCCGGUGCUACUGAAGUAGCCGUGUUUGGGUCAGCGUCCGAAACCUUCAGUAAAAAAAAUAUUAACUGCUCUAUUGAUGAAAGCAUGCUGAGGUUUGAGGAGGUCAUUAACUCUGCCAAGGAGCGACACAUUCCAGUCCGCGGAUAUGUGUCUUGUGCGCUGGGGUGUCCCCACGAGGGACACAUUGAACCUUCCAAAGUUACUGAGGUGGCAAAGAGGUUAUAUGACAUGGGCUGUUAUGAGAUUUCCUUGGGGGACACCAUCGGUGUGGGAACUCCAGGUUCCAUGUUAAAGAUGCUGCAGAGUGUGAUGAAGGAGGUUCCCGCCAACGCUCUGGCAGUUCACUGCCAUGACACGUAUGGGCAAGCACUGCCCAACAUCCUGACUGCACUCCAGAUGGGGGUCUGCGUGGUGGACUCGGCAGUAGCCGGCCUGGGAGGCUGCCCGUACGCUCAGGGUUCGUCUGGCAACGUUUCAACGGAGGAUGUUCUCUACAUGCUCAGUGGCAUGGGCAUUGAAACAGGUGUGAACCUUGCCAAAGUGAUGGAGGCUGGUGAUUUUAUCUGCGGAGCUUUAGGUCGCCAGACAAACUCCAAGGUUGCUCAGGCCAGAGACAGAACACUGUGACACUGCUGUGAUGAAGGAUUCCCCAUUUAAAGUGCUUCCCCUGUUCUUGCUGCCUUUCAGUUUCUUGACUAUGCUGCUGUAUUAAAAAAUUCCCAGUCUCAAACUAAUACUUGCAUGAUUUGCGCUUUAAAACCAGCUCCUUCGUUUUCAGUUUCCUAUAUAUCUGUUCAGUUUUGGUGCUUAUUCCACUCAAAGACUCAAUCAUGUCGCAGAAAUAUAAUUUUCGCUUAUCUUCUGUCUGUAUUGUUGGACAUUACAAAAGAACAAGGACAGGUCACAUCAGCUUGAAAGUAUCCAGAGGGAGACGAGGACUACAUCAAGUAUUCUUCAUCAAAAGAGGUCAAGACUGAUGACUUGAUGACUCAUGAACACAUUCUGGCCUUUAAGAGGCGGAAGGUUUUUUAAAACUUUCACAUUUAUUAACUCUGACAAAUAAAUCCAGUGAACAUCUGCGACUUUUAUCACUUUGCAAAGCUCAGUGGCCUUAAAAGCUAAAUAGCAAGAGGGUGAGAAUAGUUUUGAAUAGUUCAGUUUCUUUUGCUUUGGCUAUUUGCUGAACUCAGUUUAUAAAUGUUUCAUUUGAAUGAACAGAGAAGAUACAUGAGAAAACAUCAUUUCUCUUUAGAUAUGAUCCUCAUGCAGAAAACUUCUCACAAUAAUCUUUUCAGCUCUACUUCCCCGGUGAGAUUCUGCUUGAAUAGCAAUUAAAUAAAAUUAUUUUAAAAGCCACCACUGAAAAGUGUUUGCCCUCAGGUGUCCCAAAGAGGAUUUAAGAAGUGCCCCUUGAAUGUUUUUUUGCCAUUAAAAAAACUUUUACCAUUACAUAAGCUACUGAUUGUAUGAAAAUCAAAUGUGGUCGUGUUUUAUCUGUGUUUCUCAUGUGCUCUGUGUAAAAACAUCAUUUGAUGCUGAAUUUUAAUGAACUUCAUCUUAACGUGCUAUGUGAUGGCGGAAUAACUCCAUUUAUGUUGUAUCAUAUUGAAAAAAAUGAAAAUCAGUCAUUUGGUAAUUUUAUUUUCACAUCCUCUAAAUAAAGGGGGGGGGGGGAAACUGUGUGGUGAAUGUCUCUGUCCUCAGGGCUCAGGAUACAUCUGGUUCUCUAUCCACUGAGCUAAUUAUCAUCAACUGUGGUCACCUGAUGUCCCUGUAGUAAAUCAGUAUCGGCCUAAUUACGAUGCCACAGUGAAAGACGAGUGGACUCUGGGACUGAAAGAUAAUCAAAACUCAACUCUAAUGAAUUUAAGGAGCAGAUUCCUAGAAAUUUGCAUAAGUGUAUUAAAAUGUGAUUGAUCCAUCUUCAUCACACAUGCAAAGAAAAAUCCAUAAUAAAAUUGAUGAAAUCCAAAAAA